AUGAAAGGUGGCGGUUGUUUUUUGAUAUGGCUCUGCCUGGCUAUGAUUACUAUUCCAUUUUAUGUGUUUCGAGCACAAUCCUAUAUUUUUCAUGGAAAACUUGGAUGUAGUGCAGUAUUUCACGAAGCCAAUGGUCUCAUCGAAAAUGAGUUGAAUGAUACGAAAUGGUUAUUGAAAAUACCGGAUUAUUACUCGAAUAUCUCCAAAUCCUGCCUAGAGGCUGAUAAAUGCUCCCAUGUCAUCAGAAACUCGGUGGAACAUUCUGGACUAACAUUGAGUGGUGUUUGCCCAUUUUAUGUAUAUUAUAAUGGUCCAUUCUCAAAAUGUGCUGACAGACUGAUCUAUAAUUUUGGACAAAACGUUUCCUGUAUUCACGUCAUUUUUGGAACUGGUUUUGAGAUAAGUGAUAAAAUGUGUGAAGAAUGGAGCAAUCUUCAAAAUUGUCUUCUGGACGAAAUUCAAUCAACGUGUCAAGAUGUUCUCACCACGAAUUCUACAGAACCUAUUAAAUACUUCAACAUGCUGAAAACUGAGUUUUGUGGAAAUCUUGGAAACUCUUCUCUUGUGAUCGAGCAGAAAGAUUCUGACACUUCAGAAGAACUUUUAGAGGAACAAGAAGUAGAAGGCAUUGUGUGA